AUGAGAAAAGAAGGGACUCCCUGGCACCGACCGGUCGGGGCUGUGCGGGUGGGUUGGGUGGAUGGGGCGCUCGUGCUGAACCCGACCCGCAAGACCCUGGCUCGCAGCCAACUCAACCUGAUAGUGAGUGGCAACGCCCGGGGUGAGAUGAUCAUGUUAGAGGCGGAAGCUCAGGCCGUCAAUCGAGCGCUGGUUUUAGACGCCAUUCAUUUAGGAGCCGAGAAUGUGGUCAAACGUGCAUGCCAUUUCCGAUCCGAACUACCCACUGAUGUGAUCAUGGAUAUGCGAACUUUGUGCUAUGAACCCCUCAAGCCCGCUAACCUUGAUCUGUCGCACGACAAACAAUCUCGAGGCGUGGCGACUUUUGCUAUUCGUGAUCGAGCUGUGGCGCAGCUCCGCGAGAAAUACCCCAUGCAUGACACCAGCCUUUUUCAUGCAUUUUAUACCCAACUCUACGGAGAUUUGAUCAAAGAUCUCUUCUUUGGCCGUCAGACACGGGUAGACGGUCGAGCAUGGGAUCAGAUUCGACCCAUUGUGUGUGAGCGUGACCUGCACAAACCUUUGCACGGAUCGGCUUUGAUUCAACGCGGUCAAAUCCUGUUGUGUACGGUAGCUCUCGAUUCGCCCAAAUCCGCGCUCAAGGCUGAUUCCUUAUCCGUCAUGACCGGUGGCAUGAAGGAGAAGAACUUUUUUGUUCAUUAUGAAUUCCCUCCCUAUGCUACCAACGAAAUCGGACUAUCCACGGUUGGUCGCCGAGAAUUGGGUCAUGGGGCUUUGGCUGAAAAGGGGCUACGGGCUGUGAUUCCAUCAAAUUAUCCCUUCACCAUUCGACUCACCUCUGAAGUGCUUGAAUCCUAUGGUUCAUCUUCUAUGGCAUCGAUCUGUGGCAGGUCUUUGGCCCUUUUGGACGCUGGAGUGCCCUUGACUCAGUCGGUUGCAGGCGUGGCUUUAGGACUAGUCACCGAAUACGAUAAUGAUGAAAUUAAACGCCAUCAAGUACUUGUAGAUAUACUUGGACUGGAAGACUACUUAGGAGACAUGGAUUUUAAAAUGGCUGUCACCAAAGACGGGGGCAUCACUGCAUUACAAGCUGAUAUCAAGAUUCCCGGUUUACCACUGCAUAUCGUGGAUGAUGCAGUAGGAAAAGGAGUGAAAGCCUUAGGUCGGAUCCUAGAUAUCAUGUCAACUUGCAUCAAAGAACCUCGAACAGAUAAAACGAAUCUGCCUGUGACAGAGGUGCUUACCAUUCCUGCUCACAAACGAACUAGCUUUAUUGGACCAGGAGGACGAAAUCUCAAGAAGAUGCAAACCGAAAUAGGCGUUCAAACCUCGCAAGGGAACGACGAAUCGUCAUGGACGAUUUUCGCACCUAACGCCGAGUCGUUGGCCGAAGCUCACGAGAUGAUAGAGCAACUUAAAACAGACGAAUAUGCUCCCGAGUAUGAGUUGGGCGCCAUCAUCACCGUGAAAGUACUAGAGAUCAAAGAGCGAGGUGCUAAUGUGGAACUGCAUCCGAAUCUGUCUCCAGUGUUCAUUCCCUUGACACAACUCGCCGCUCAAAAAUUGCAACACUAACACUAAACUAAAAUAAGGCACCCAAUUUUUUUUUUUUUGCG